GCGGCGCUGCGCUCGUAUGCCGCAGGAGUGGCCUGUCAUUGUCAUUGUUCAUAUAGUUUUCUGUGAUAAGAAUUACUGUGAAAUUAUUUAUAAGCUUACUAAAUAAUUAUAGUUUUAUAAAAUGUCGACGUCUGGGGAAUUCGGUAAUCCCUUGCGCAAAUUUAAGUUGGUUUUCCUCGGCGAACAGAGCGUGGGAAAGACAUCGCUCAUCACACGGUUUAUGUACGACAGUUUCGACAACACUUAUCAGGCAACAAUCGGUAUAGACUUUCUAUCGAAGACAAUGUACCUGGAGGACCGCACGGUGCGGCUGCAGCUGUGGGACACGGCCGGCCAGGAGCGUUUCCGAUCCCUCAUCCCCUCAUACAUCAGAGACUCCACUGUUGCAGUCGUUGUUUAUGAUAUCACAAACGCGAACUCGUUCCACCAGACGUCGAAAUGGAUCGACGACGUGCGCACGGAGCGCGGGUCGGACGUGAUCAUAAUGCUGGUCGGCAACAAGACGGACCUGUCCGACAAGCGGCAGGUGUCCACCGAGGACGGCGACCGCAAGGCCAAGGAGCUCAACGUCAUGUUCAUAGAGACCAGCGCCAAGGCUGGGUAUAAUGUUAAACAGUUGUUCCGGCGGGUGGCGGCGGCGCUGCCAGGUAUGGACUCCGCCGAGAGCAAGCCCCCCGAAGACAUGCAUGAGGUAAUACUGAGACAGGCGCCGGGUGACAACAAGGAGCCGGACAGCAACUGCGCCUGCUAGACCACUACAGGAUUAGUUUAAAGCAGUGUUGCCAACUUUACGAUUUUACCAAAAUUGUGUAGUUGGCAACCCUAUGAUAGUUGUGUUAAAACAAUCGUACCGAUGUUGCUUUGUACAGGAUUACCAACGGUACGAUUUUCCCGAGUUUUGGGAAGUGCUUGCAGUUUGCAACCCAUCAUCGCUAUGAUAAAGUUUAAGACUAUUUUGUCAUGUUCUUUACCACAGGGUUGAUGUCUGUAUGAUUUUUUAUUCCCAAACUUCGGGUAGAAUAAUUGUACGGUUGGCAAACCUGCCAUGUAUAUUUACACAGGGUUGCCAACCGUAUGAAUGUUUUUGCUUCUCAUACACUUUGUAUUAUAUUUUACGGUUGGCAACUCUGUUAUACUACGUCACGCUGAGGUUGUCAGACAACCUCCAAUUCUGUUUUUUUGUUCGGUUUGCCAGUAAUUCCUACAAACGUAGCUAUUUUUAGGAUGCAGCUAGCAACUCUAAUAAUCUUAUGAAAUAUCAUCUUCUAAGUACUAUGUUUGUGUCCGCGUAACUUUUAAAAAAUUAAAUUAUUUUUCUAUGAGAAUUAGAAUUAUUUUCAACAAAGUUAUAGCUCCAAAAAUAAAACUGUAAUUUUUUAUUGACUAUGAGUUUAUAUUACAAACUUUUUAUUGCCAACAUUAAAUGAAAAUAACAUUAAUGUAAUAUGGAAACUAUAGUUUCGAUUUUGUUUUGAGUGUUUGGAGCUAUUAAAGUCUUAUGAAAUAUGUUUAGCGUCUUUCAAUGUGAUUUUAGAUUAUACUUUUUAGUAUUUUUAUAGAAGUGUUGUGCGGCACUAUACGUUGAGGCUUACGCUGUGCUCACGAGCCAACAAUAAUGAGAUUAUCGUUUUUUCAU